GGCUGGAGCGAAGGGAUCGGUUCAGUCUGAGCUCGGCUACUCCCGGGCGCAUUUGCACUCCGGCACACGCUCACGGCGCCGGGAGCGGGAGGAGGGAGAGCACCUCUGUCUCCAUCAGCCAGAGCACCUGGACACCUGGCCCCGCUGCUCGCUCGGAUCUGCCUGUACCCGCUGGAGGAGCAGUGGAGUGGGGUGGGGAGAGAGCUGUGCCCCCCAGGGCCAGCAGAGACACUGACCUAGCCAAAGCUUUUUUAAUUUAUUAUUUUUUAUUUUUAUUUUUAUUUUUUAUUAUUAUUAUCAUUUUAUUUUACCAGCUCCAAAUUAGCCCAGGAUCUUUUAACUGCUGCCAGCGGUGGAGCACAGAUCGGGAUUAGAUCUUUUCCUCCCCUAUUCCCAAGAUCCUCGUCCCAAGCAGCCACCAUGGGAAGUAAGACUCUGCCGGCCCCAGUGCCUAUCCAUCCUUCCCUCCAGCUCACCAACUACUCCUUCUUGCAAGCAUUCAAUGGGCUGCCUGCUGUGCCCUCUGAUCACCUCUCCAACCUCUAUGGCUUCAGCGCCCUUCACGCCGUACACCUGCACCAGUGGACUUUGGGGUACCCAGCCAUGCAUCUGCCUCGUUCCUCCUUCUCCAAGGUGCCCAGUGUGUCAAGCCUAGUGGAUGCACGUUUCCAGCUGCCCACCUUCCCACUCUUUCCACACGUUAUCCAGCCCAAGCAAGAGGCCACUAAUGUGACCCUCAAAGCCAAACCCCGCUUUGAUUUUGCCAAUUUAGCAGUGGCUGCCACGCAAGAGGACCACUCUAAACUGGGACAGGCAGACAGCCAGGGCUCCCCCCCAGGGCUGGGGUCUUUACUUGAGGUUACUAAGCUCUCUCCAGAGAAGAAACCCACCCGGGGAAGGUUACCGUCCAAAACCAAGAAGGAGUUUGUGUGUAAAUUCUGUGGCAGGCACUUCACCAAGUCCUACAACCUUUUGAUCCAUGAAAGAACCCACACUGAUGAAAGACCCUACACAUGUGACAUAUGCCACAAGGCCUUCAGAAGACAGGAUCACCUGAGGGAUCACAGAUAUAUUCAUUCUAAAGAAAAGCCUUUUAAGUGUCAAGAAUGUGGGAAAGGAUUUUGCCAGUCCAGAACGCUAGCUGUCCACAAGACACUGCACACGCAAGUAAAGGAACUGAAACCUGCCAAACUUAAGUGCUGAAUUUCCAGCUUCUUCUAUGAACUUUUCCUCACCUUCAGACUUUACACCAAAACCAGAAAAAAAAAAAAAAAGAAGAAAGAAAAAAAAAGACAAACCAAACAAACCCUGUCAGGAUGGGAGCACAGAACUUUGUGUUUUGUUUUUGUUUGUACUUUAAAAAGAGCAAAAUCCCCCCUGGCAACCCACUUCUUCAGCCAUGGGUAAAAAUGAUAUUUGGCAUUUAAAAUAUAUAUGAAUGAUGCAGAAAGUGCUAUGUGAUUUGUGUGGUUUUGAUAAACUUUAUGCCAAAAGGUGGUGCUCAAGUGUUGGACAGCAAUCUGCUUAAAACCAAACAAAAACCCACCAA